AGGAAAUCACACUCACUUGUAAGGAAAUGGGUUUGGAAGGCAAGUUGAUCUCUCAAAUAGAAAUGAAGUGUUCUGGACAUUUGCUUCAUGAUCAUUUCAAAUCAAAUCCACACAAAACAUCCGUCAUGUCUCCUGAUAAGAUAACAAACUUCACAAUUCAUGAAGGUCAAUUGGGAAAAACUAACUCUGUUGUUACCUGGAAUUAUAUUCUUGAGGAAAAAAUGAUCACUUGGACUCUUGCGUAUGAGAAAUUAAAUGAAAAUACUCCAGAGCCCCUGGAUUUUAUGGAGUUCCUUAUUGGUCUCAUCAAGGAUGUUGAGACUCACCAUGUUAGGAAAUAGAUAUCAUUCCCCAUUCCUUAUAACAUGAUGAAGUAUUAUGACUCUCCUAAAUCUUUGUUAAUAAAUAAAACUACUUGGUGUGAUAUAUGCUUCAUGAGCUUCAUGAAGUAUUAGUUUUAUUGUAAAUCUCUUUAUGAAUCAAUAAAAGUGUUUGGUGUGAUAUAUGUUUCACGAUUUGUGUACGUAGGCGUGUUCAAUGUUAAUAAUACAUAUAUGAUGGGCUUUUU